AUGAGAUUCAAACAGAUGAGGGUAGCCCUCAAUUCCGGACACCGGCAGCUUCUGAGCUCAUGCAAAGCCCCCGGAACUCUCGGUCGCGCAAAUAGAUGGUACGCGACGCAGAACCCGGCCAGAGAUGGGCGGCCUUUGGCAUACACAUGGCUCACAAAGACAGGAGAAGAGAUAACCCCAGAUGAUAUUUUGUCCAGUCUUCCUUCGGGGCCUGUGAGCCCAUCAGCUGCGUCUGCUUCUGUUCCUCUCCUCCUCGUCACCCCAAACUUUGCCCACUGGCUCGAUUCUUCUAGCCCUUUCUUGUCGCAAUUUCUCGGUCGCCUUUAUGGAAACUCCCCGGAGAACGAUACUCUCUAUGCCGUUACAGCUGUGGUUGACGCACUCCCGAAUACUACAUCCAAAAGCACAAAUUUAAGUGAGUCCGAAGGGCUGUCGCUUCUGGUAGUAGGGCAAUCAGGUGUCCAGGCAAAGGCUGCAUCACCCCGUCUCAUUAGAACCUCUGCUAGCGAGGAAACCAAUCUCUUGUUUUCAUUCCAACCCAAAGUGAUUGGUCAAACCAGCAAGGGACCUGCGCACGAGAUCGGAUUGCGUCUAGCGAACACUAUAUUUGUCAAUGGGAGAGAAACAACAAUAUUCGGUACACGCUGGCUUUGGGAUGAAACCUCAAACGGGUACACUUUGAACAGUUCGAUCGAUUUCACAAGCUGCAUGAUCACAGCCACUCCCCAGGCUGUAAAUACCGCAUUGGAGUUGCCAUUGCAUCCAGUGACUGAACGACGAAGAGUCAUGACUAGCAUGGGGAACAUUUUACGGCAACUAGCGAAAUCCACGGAUGUGACGUCGACGGACACAAUGCCUGCUUCGUCGGAGCUCGAGAGGGAGCUUCCCCGUUAUAUCGCAGAACAUAAUAUCAUUGACCAGCGUGUAUCCGUAUGGGCGCUGGUCGAGAAACCUGACUUAGAGGUGACCGAUCCAGGUUCGUCUACUCAUGAUCGCUUGAUCCAAUCCCUGGAACAAGGCGGGAAAUUGCACCGUGUCAUGAGCGGGGGAGGUGGAUGGGGAAAGAAGCAAGGCCUUCUUUCGCUGGAUCCCGAAGUUGGUUUCUCAGGGACUGCCAACCAAGACGAUCUUAUCGCACUGAGUCAAGUUUUUGAUCCUGAUACCAUACAGUUGGACAGACUCCCUUCUAUUGAUAAAGGGAUCACUGUAGACGAUCUAUCUCUACUUUCACAGGUUGCUGCUGCAGGUGAUUAUAUACAGUUCUUUGUGUCGGUAGAACCGACUGGGGCACAGGGUAGUGUUUCGAGGAAUAAUGACUUGCAGGAAGAGCCUAUCAGCUAUCACUUUGGAAUGGUAGCUGACUCCAUGGAACUUGAGACACAUGCAACGGAUGAAGACAGCAGUAAGGUCAAUUCUCUGCCUCGCACCUUUGGAGCAUUGUCCGAGAAGGCGAUUGCCUACUCGCAGCCCAUCAAAGGAGAAAUGCUGUCGGAGUCAUGCACAAAGCUGAAUAUUCCAGGAUCUCGAGUUGUCCUCGAAACUAGAGGCCAGCAUGUUUGCCGUCGACCUCCAAGCCUCUGGACUCUCCAUCCUCCCCGACCGCAUCCAACUGAGCUUGCCGACCUCGGGUGUUUCUAUUUCUUUUCAAAGCUCAAACUACUCCACGAGAACCUCGUCGAGUCGUCUUUCAUCAAAAUGGCAACCGAACUUUGCCCCGUCUAUGCGCCCUUCUUUGGUGCGCUGGGCUGCACCUCCGCUAUCGUUUUCACCUGCUUCGGUGCCGCAUAUGGAACUGCUAAGGCUGGUGUCGGAGUUUGCUCCAUGGCCGUCCUCCGCCCCGACCUGAUCGUUAAGAACAUUGUCCCCAUUGUCAUGGCGGGUAUCAUUGGUAUCUACGGCCUUGUCGUGUCGGUCCUGGUCGCCAAUGACUUGAACCAGACGCUUCCUCUCUACACUGGUUUCAUUCAGCUCGGUGCUGGUCUGUCUGUUGGUCUGGCUGGUCUUGCUGCGGGUUUCGCUAUUGGUAUUGUUGGUGACGCGGGUGUUCGUGGAACGGCUCAACAGCCUAGACUGUAUGUCGGAAUGAUUCUGAUUCUCAUUUUCGCUGAAGUCUUGGGUCUGUACGGGCUGAUUGUUGCUCUUCUCAUGAACUCCCGCUCGAAAGGAGUCUGCUAG